AUGUCAAACACAUAUGAUCUAGAAUUAGGUCAAAUUCUUGAUCAAGCAAGAAAGGAUGAAUUACAACUUCAAUCUCAAUCAGACGAUAGCAGAGAAAAUGCCCAAGAAUAUCGAGCUAGAAGUCAAAAUAAAUCAGAGUCCCCAGCUGAACCAGAACCAGAACCAGAACGUCCUGUAGAAGAUAUAACACUUCAACCUCCAUCUUCAUCUUCAUGUGAAGAUCCAAAUGCGACUGGAAAUGAGAAUGACAAUGAUCUGGGUCAAACUCCAACAUCUCUAUCAACGGUCGAAGCUAGAAGAGUGAAAUCUUUAUUUCCUACAUCCCCAUCUAAUCCCAGGAACUGGUCAGAGAAACGAAAAAUGACAUUGACAAUCGCUCUGGCUUUGACUGGAUUCAUAGCAACGGCAGGAAGCUCAAUUGGUAUUCCAGGGAUUCAUAGUGUUCGUGAUGAGUUUAAUGUUGGAUUUAGAGUAGGAGUUUUGAUUCCUGGUGCAUACGUUUUGGGACAAGGACUCGGUCCAUUUAUCUUCGCACCUUUCUCAGAAUUAUAUGGUCGUCAACCAUCUUAUAUAUUCGCUGAAGCGCUGUAUUGCGUCUUCUUCUUAGCCACUGGAUUCUCAAAUAACAUAACGACGUUGAUUAUCCUCAGAUUUUUCUGCGGCAUGUUUGGUUCUGUAGCUCCAUCUUUAGGGGUUGCAACUUGUGCAGACAUGUAUGUACCCGAAGAGAGGGGUAAACCAAUAUCAAUAUAUGCUUUAGGUCCAUUAUCAGGUCCAAUAUUUGGUAAUAUGUUGGGAUAUUGGUUAUUACAUCUUGGAUGGAGAUGGGCAUAUUAUUUUUUGACGAUUUUAUCGACGCUCAAUUUCGUUUUAUUGUCAGUGGUCAUGAAAGAAACUUAUGCUCCGGCGAUUCAGAAGAUUUUAACAUUUCAUUCGACACGUCCAUCCACUAAGAAAUCGUAUAAUCAUUUCAAUCCAUUAGGUUGGAUACCUGAUUUAUCUUGGAUGAGAUCUAUGGUCUCUCCUUCAGAGAUGUUGACUGUUUAUACAAGAGCAUUCUCACGUCCUCCAAGAUUACUAUUCUCUAAUCCUGUAGCUUUUGCAUUCUCAAUGUAUUACGCUUAUUUAUACGGUAUAAUCUACUUGUUCCUCACUACUUUACCAUUAUUAUUUGGUCGACCACCUUUUUCGCAAAGCGAUUUAUUCUCCUAUCAAUGGACUCAAAAUGUAUUACCCCUGGCAUACUUGGCUAUCGGGUUAGGUUUCUUCUCGACUGUAAUUAUAGCUGCGAAUUAUCAAGAUAAGAUAUACAAAUAUCUAUCUUUGAAAAAUGGCGAUAAAGGGCAACCUGAAUAUAGGUUGGUUCUCACCCAAAUUGGGAUGAUACUAUUACCUAUCGGCUUAUUCAUCUAUGGCUGGACAGCAGAUUCGCAAACACACUGGAUAGCACCUAUCAUUGGACAAUAUAUAAUUGGUGUCGGUUUGGUUUUACCUUUUAAUACUAUUCAAAAUUUCUUGGUAGAUGCUUUUCACCCUUACUCUGCAGCUGCAAUAGCUGGAGCUACUGCUUCAAGAUCAAUCGUAGCUUGUAUACUUCCCUUAUUCGCUACAGAAAUGUUCGUGAAUCUAGGUUGGGGUUGGGGAAAUACUUUAUUGGCCUGUGUUGCCAUUCUAGGUAUUCCAUGUCCUUUCAUCAUGUUUUUGUGUGGGAAAAGAUUGAGAGAAAGAUAUGCUUUUCAUGGUUGA